AUGCAAGGAUGGCGAUUAGAAAUGGAAGAUGCCCAUGUAGCUAAGUCUGAGCUUCCCAGUCCUUUCCAAUACUGGUCGUAUUUCGGCGUAUUUGAUGGCCAUGCAGGAUCUCGCGUUUCAGAGCUUUGUGCAGCCAAGUUGCUAGAUGCUAUUCUUAACACAGAAGAAUUUCAGAAGCUUAGUUUUGAUAAAGAGCUUGAUACAUCUUUGGUCAAGAAAGGCAUCAUUAACGGGUUUUUAUCAUUCGACCGAGACCUAGCAUCUGAUGAUUCCGAUGAAAAAUCCGGCUCUACAGCAGUAAUUGCCUUUGUCACACCAACCCAUAUAAUUAUGGCAAAUUGUGGCGAUUCAAGAGCAAUACUUAUUCGCGACAACAAAACCUUCCUAGCGACCCAAGACCACAAACCAUAUAAUCCCAUAGAAAGUCGACGAAUUUCUGAAGCUGGCGGCAAAGUCAUGUUGUCUCGUGUUAAUGGAUCCCUGGCUGUUUCCAGAUCUCUGGGUGACUUCGAAUACAAACAAGUGCUUAAUCGCGGAGCGACAGAGCAGCUUGUUUCUCCUGAACCAGAUAUAUUCAUUGUUGAACGCAGAAAAGAAUUCGAUCAAGUUCUUCUUCUUGCUUGUGAUGGAAUUUGGGACGUGUUUGAAAACGACACUCUUACUACAUACGUCCUUCAUCGAUUGUGUUGCUUACCAUCUUUGGCGGAUGUUUGUUCAGAAAUUCUCGACACUAGUUUGCACAAGGGUAGUCGUGAUAAUAUGAGUGUCCUCCUGGUAGCGUUAGAUGCCGCCCCAACUGUGAAUCCAGAGGCAGUUUGUAAGGAAAUGGAAUUAGAUACUUCCUUAAACAAUAUGAUUGUCGAUAUAAUUAAUUCAGCCGGCGAAGAUGCUAACUUUUUGAAUGUGGAUUAUGUCGCCAGUGCAGUUAAAAGUAUGAAUCUUCCCAAUUAUCCUCCGGGUGGCUUCAACACCAAACGCGCUUAUGUAGAGAACUUUUUCAAUACUCAUUUCCGACAGAACAAGGUGUUCCCAAAAACGCAACUGGAUGCUCAAAGUUAA